AUGCUCUUAAUCUAGCCAUAUAUUUUAUGCAUUGAAAGCUUUUAGAAAAUUUUAGAUGCUCUGAAAACAAGAUUAAGUCAAAUACUUGAUUGUUUACUUUUCCUUUCUAAAGAUUGGAUAAAUUACUCCAUACAGUUUUUUUGGAGAAUUAGAUUUGUUAAUCUAAAGCAAAAGAUCAAUUAUCGCUUCAAAAACAAUUAUAGAAAGGAUUAACAAAAUUCACCAGGAUUGUAAGCGCAAAAUCACCCAAAAAUUGGCUAAAUAUGUCAAAUCAUUAUAUGA